AUAGCUAUAAGGAGAGCAGGGAGGGAGGGAAGAAGUCUUUUCCAUAGCAUCCUGUCUUCCAGCAGCCCUCUUGUCCCUUCAGAGUGGAAGACAUGGUCUAAACAACAACUAUCUCUAGCAGCUGAGCGAGAACAAAUUCUGAAACAGAGUAAAAUGCAAACCGAAUUGAACUGGCAGCAGCUCUGUGAAAAUGCUGAAUGUAAUUGGUGUCAGAGAUCAGAGGAUCUAACACACAGCCUGUCUUCAUCAAAAGAGGCGGCUGAAGCUGAUCUACAGAAAACAGACUACAGGUUGCAUGAAGUGAAGGCUGUUCUUUCUGCUUUGACUGUUGAGAGAGAACAGACAAUACAAGCAUCUUUUAAUCACAGUAUUUCACCUGAAGGGGAAAAACAGGUAUUUCAGUAUAAUGAUGAAAGUUCUCUGUGUAAAUAUAUCCCUGCUUUGGAAAUAAAAAAGCUGCAGGAACAGAAUGCCAGCCUUCGGGCUGCUAUUGCACAAAUGAGGAAAGAAAUGGAGAGUCUGGAUGAGCAGAUAUUGUCUUCUCUUCCUCUAACAGAAGACAGACAGUUUGCAGAGCAAGGUUCAUUGAGCACAAACAAAAUUUCAGCUGGAACCACACUGAGCAACACCAAAAUCAGUUCAGCUAAGCUGGAUUGUAUAGUAAACUCAGACACAGAAGAGGGGCCAGAACCCAAAGUUCUUGAAGAAAACAUGGCAGAUUUUGGACAAACACUACCUGCUGUAGGUACUGGUGUUGGUUGUCAGUAUAGUGUCAAACGCACUCUACAAGGAAUGCAAAGUAAACUCAAGGAAGCAGCAAGAAAAAUCUCAAUUCUGAGCCAAGAAAAGCGGCAAUUGAUUGAAAUGGGAAACAGACUCAGGGCAGAACUUGGAAUGGUGCUAAAGGAAGGACUCUGGCAUCCUGUUAGCUCUAACCACUGCACAGUUUGUAUUGCUUCUGGUAGUCUUCUUCCAAGAGAACUUGUCAAAAGAACAGAGUGUCAGCUAUCAGUUCUAAAGUAUCUACAGCACAGACUCUCAACACAGGUUCGGCUAGAUUUCUCUAUUGAAAAUCAUGGGCCAGAUACAUUCUCAGCAACAAAGGCAGCUACAUCCACAAAGAUUAUUCAAACUCAGCUGCUCAGUCAGAGUCCUAGUCAAGUCCAGAAGGGUCAGCUUUCUUCAUCUAGAAUGCAUGAUUUCUGUCAAAUUUUAGAUACAGGAUCAAGCCUUUCUCCACUCAGUCCUCGAAAGAACACCAGCCAGGUGGAGUUUGAAGUUGUACAUUCAAUCGAGCAAUCUGAAGAAUCUCAGCAAAAUGUCAAAACCACAGAUAAACUUGAAACGUCAGCUGAAGGUUUGACAGUCAGAGGAACAAGGCUGGAAGUUCAGCAGAAGAUAAAAUCCAGGAGUUUAUGUUGUGCUUAUCUAGUAAAACCAAAAAUCUCUUCUAGCAUGGCAAAAAUCCGUAAUUAUAAUAUUAAAGACUGAUUUCUAUGUUGACAGCAUGUUGUAGGUUCACACUUGCUAUUAACUUACUUUGCCAUCUCCAUAUCAGGCCUAAUUAUCAGCCUCAGUUUUGUAUGUCAGGUUGAGAUAUUUGCAGCCAGAAGAGAGAACAGAUACCCUGUUUCAUACACUGAAGCCUAAAAUAAAGGGUUAAUCUGUGUACAUUAUGAGAUUACAGUCUUCACUGUUAAUACUGAUUUAUUUUAAUUAUAUAUGUUAAGAUUUUCUUGCAUCAUGGAUUUAGAAAUGCCCAGUUAACACAUAAGUAAAGCCUUGUGCCUUCAGGCAGGGCUUGCAGGACUUUAGCAGAUAUUUUAUUGAGAAACUGUAGAUAUGAUUUAAGUUUACAAGUGGGAUGCCUCAACCUACUUGUCUUUUUCUAAUUAACAAUGCAACCGUUAAUCCUGUGCAGCUAUCUUUCUACUUGAAAGAAAAGGGUUUAAAAACAUUACAUUUGAGUCUGUAUUAUUUCUCAUCUUCUGUAGGUCUUUCCACUUGUUCAGAGAGCAUGAAAAAGUAAAAUUUUAAAAAUUAAAUUUCUAUUGUCACACCAGUGAUUGUAUUUUCCCUUGACAAGAGAUAGGACAGACUUUAAAGCAGUGAGAAACAACGCUACUGUGUAGAAUAAUAUACUCAGAAUAAUACAAGCAUGUUGUAAGAAGUAAGUCUUAAAACAGAUGAAACUGAAAGAAAACUUGAAUGAGUUGUGAUGUAACAAAGAAUAGCUAUGUAGUAAUGAACUUGCCAGGACACUAAUACAAGUAAUCAGUGUAUUUUUGUAGCAUUUCCAGUAAUGCUGAACUGUCCUGAUGGGAUAUUACAGAGAUUAACUUUCCUAUAAAUAAAGGAAAUGGACAUGAAAAAUUCGAGAAAAAGCUUUUAAUUGUUGUGAUGGUCAAGCACUGGAACAGAUUGCCCAGAUACAUUAGUGAGUCUGUCUAUGGAGAUACUCAAAACCCAACCGGACACGGGCCUGGCCAGACUGUUACAGCUGGCAGUUGAGUUGAGGGCUUGGACUAGGUGGUAUCAAGAGGUACCUUCCAAUCUAAGAGAUUCUGUGAUUCUGCAAGUGGUAUCACUGAAGUGAAUAAUACUUCUCAGUUGCUGCUAAACAUACAAAAUCUAAAAAGGAUAAAUGAAAGAAGAGAGUUAAUUACCCCUGAGCAUUUUUUUUUCCCUGGUGCUUUUUUAAUAGAAAUGUUUUCCCGAUACUCUUUGCAAAGAGGUGCUCUCUUCAGCACCUCAUAAUGUGGUAGUAAUCCAUUUGAGAAUUUGAAUAAUUGUUUUGUACUACCUGCUGAAAAUAUUUUGAUUUAGAGCAAAGGUGCAGUGGUAUUAUAAUCAGAUGCUUAAUAUGCAAGAAAUUUAAUGAGAUGUUACUAAGCCAGUAUAA